UCGAAUCGCCAGGGAUGCAAGAUCGUUGGAAAAAUAGAGGUCGAAAAUAAUUCGAACUAAAAUGCAGAAGCCUUGGCAAAAGCGACAGCGAUCCUCAUCAUGUCCAUCAAGGACUUUGUGGCUCAUCAGCAUAUUCGUGGGAGCGCUCUUCACCUUGUGUUACGUGCUACCGGCUUCCUUGAACUAUCCCCUACGACAGGUUCCGUCAACAGUGUCCCAAUGUGAAUUACAUCCAGGUAAAAAGAUAAUUAUUCUCUACUGGACAAAAUAUUUCGGAGCCAACAAUUUCGGCUUCGGGAUCGACAGAAAGUCGUUCGCCCAAUGCGAUCAGACCUGCAGCGAAAAUUGCAUCACGACGAGCGACAGAAAUUUGUUGAAUAAAAGCGACGCCGUCAUCUUUCACGGUCGUGAUCUACAAGACAGCGACUUACCUCCGCCGGAAUGGAGACUUCCUCAUCAGAAUUUCGUCUUCUUCCUGUACGAAUCGCCAGCGCACACGGACCUGGACGUGUUACAACGUCCAGUGUUCAGAAAUUACUUCAACAGGACGAUGACUUAUCGGCGGGAUUCGGAUGUUGUCGAUCUCCACCCCUACGGGCGGAUCAAGUGCAUCCAUCCGUCGCCAUCCUGUUUGAAUUUCCCGCGGUUAAAUCGCUCAGUCGUUCAAGAAAUUUCCUCAUCAGUUAACUUUCAAAUUGACCUGACCCUGAAGAACAGGGCCGUCGCCUGGUUCGUUUCCAACUGUGAAACGGACAGCCGGCGUGAAUUGCUGGCCCGCAAUCUCUCGCGUUUCAUUCCGGUGGAUAUUUACGGCAAAUGCGGAGACGGCCGACACAGCUGCCAGAAUCGGGCCGGCUGCGACCGCCUGCUCAGUCGCCAUUAUCGAUUUUACCUGAGCUUCGAAAAUUCCCUGUGCCCCGAUUACGUCACGGAGAAAUUGUAUCGGCCCAUGGCGUAUGACACGGUGCCGGUGGUUUACGGCGGAUCCGAUUAUUCGUUUUACCUUCCGGCCGGAUCCUACAUCAACGCCAUGGAUUACGACAGUCCGCAAAGUCUGGCGAAUUACCUAAAGAAAUUGAUGGCCGACGACGAGCUCUACCUGAGUUACUUCCGCUGGAGGCAGAAAUUUGUCGUCGAUCCAUCGCCCGUCGACGGAAUGUGCCGACUGUGUCGGUUACUGAGCGACACGAAGACGGAAGCGAAAUCCUACCCCGACAUUUCCUCAUGGUGGGCUGGCAAUGUUACAAACCGGACAUGUUUCCCACCACCCACGUCCCUUGUUUAAUUGGAAAAGUCGAUUGAAUUUAAUUCAUUAAUAAAAUAUGGAUAAGUGUGUUUGAUGACCAAAAUCAUUGUGUAUGCUCGACGAAUACUUGGCGGCGGUAUAGCCAUCUGACUC